UUGAACGUAGCACCAUCUGUAGCGAAACAUGGCGCCUACCAAGAAACGCAACGUGAGUUCUGCUAAAGAAGGUAAAGAAAAUGCAAAAAAGGCAAAGAUUGAUCCGGAUACCUUGAUGAAGGGCGUACUUGAGAGCAAAAAACACGCUAACGAUGUUUAUGACUUGUUGGAGAUGCUUCAGUCCCACAAAGAAAAAGAUGUCAUCGGUGCGAUCAGUUCUUGCAACACACUAUUUAGUAGUUUACUGGAAAGAAAGGAUCUGCACAGGGGAAAUCUCCCUGAUGAAGAGGAGGCGUUGAGUGGAGAUUAUACUGCACAGCAAAAAUAUCAAAUAUUCAUGCGCCACCGUUACAACAGCUGUAAGGAAAUAUUAUUUGACCAUCUCGACUAUGAAGAAUUCAGUGUCAAGGAGGCUGCAAUUUGUUGCCUGAUGAAAUUUGCUGAAAGCGAAGGCCAGCAUCCUCUUGAAGAUUUAGACUGGAGUGAGCAUUACAGCUUCCCCAGAGAGUUUAUCCAGUUGGUGGUGGGCCGACUGUUGUCUGUAACUACAGACAACACCCUGCUGCUCUCCAGGUUCCAGGAGUACCUUCAGAUGGUGGAUGUCCGUUAUUAUGUCAUGAGUGCCAUUCGUGACAGUGUAACAAAGGUCAUGGAUAGAAAUAAAGGGGUACCUUUACCCGUGUAUCAAAACAAUGUCUUUAAUCUCAUGUCAAACAUUUCGAUGGCAAGCAGUGAGUCAGAACUCACUAACUUUAUGGUCACACGGGAAACUAAACAUGAAGAUUGGAAAGCUGCCAAAUUGAAGGAGCACAAGCGAGCGUUUGAGAAGAUGUGGUUAUGUUUUCUUAAAUACAAGCUUCCAACCAGUAUGUAUAAAAGGGUGUUGGUGAUCUUGCAUGAUUCCAUUUUGCCACAUAUGAGCAAACCGACUCUGAUGAUUGACUUCUUGACUGCUGCUUAUGAAGUUGGUGGUGCCAUCAGUCUACUAGCUCUGAAUGGUUUGUUUGUUCUCAUACAUCAGCAUAACUUAGAUUACCCUGACUUCUACCAGAAGUUGUAUAAUCUUCUUGAGCCUUCAGUUUUUCAUGUCAAGUACAGAUCAAGGUUUUUCCACUUGGCCAACCUCUUUCUCAGCUCAAGUCACUUACCCGUGUACCUAAUAGCUGCAUUUGCCAAACGCCUAGCUCGCUUAGCCCUCACAGCGCCACCUACUGCCCUUCUCAUAGUUCUGCCCUUCAUUUACAAUCUGAUCCGCCGUCAUCCUUCGUGCCGAGUUCUCAUUCACAAGCCCAGCUCACAAGAUGAAUUAAUGGAGGAUCAGUAUGAUAUGGAUGAAGAAGAUCCUGCCAAGUCGUGUGCGUUGGAAAGCAGCUUGUGGGAAAUAAAGACAUUACAGAAACAUUACCAUCCCCAUGUUGCCAAAAUCGCGAUGCUGAUAAAUACACCUUUGACUGAACAAGAAGAUGACAUUGAUGAACUACUAGAGUUAACCACGUUUGAGCUGAUGGAACGGGACCUGAAGCCACAUCAGUUGAAGAAUAUACCAUUGGAGUUUGAAACGGCCACACAGCUGCUGAAAGGAGGCGGAGAUGUCUUACAGGAACAUUUCUGUCUAGAUUAACAGACCUUUGUGUCAAUGCAUGUCUUCAUGGACUGCAUCACCUAUUCUUUAAAGAGUAUUUUCUAAGAAAAAGUGCAUUUGUUCAAUAAAAAGAUCUUUUUGUGUGGUUUCAUCUGUA